UUUCAAUGCAAGACCACAUCUUUGCUUCAAUCUUGACUGAAAAAGAAGAUCACAUCUGCUUCAAUCUUGACUGAAAAAGAUCACAUCUGCUUCAAUCUUGACUGAAAAAGAAGAUCACAUCUGCUUCAAUCUUGACUGAAAAAGAAGAUCACAUCUGCUCCAAUCUCAACUUCCAAGAGAAAAAAACCCUUCAAAUUUCCUGGAACUGUGUUAAAAAUGGCGAAGAUCCAUCCUCGAGUACCUGAAAUUACAGAGAAUCAGAGGGCCCCUGAGGAAGGAGCUCAGCCUGUUAGUUUGACUGUGUGGAACAAAUCUCUUCUGUUUAACAGUAAAGGAUUUACUGUCUAUGACUCCAAUGGCAACCUUGUUUUCAGAGUUGAUAACUAUGCUUGCAAUCCCACCAGUGAGAUGAUUCUCAUGGAUGCCACAGGAAAUGAUCUGCUUGUACUGAAACGCAAGAGAUUUAGCAUUCGGAGGCAGUGGCAGGGUUUUUGUGAGAAUAAUAGGAUCUUUAGGAUGAAAAAAUCCACUCGUAGAUGGUGGUUAAGUGGAAAAAAGAAAACUUUGGCCAAGAUCUCCCUGAAUUCAUCUAAGAAUCCAGAAUUUUAUGUUGAAGGAUCUUUCUCCAAGAAAUCUUGUGCAGUUUACAACAGUGCAGGCGGCGUCGUUGCAGAGGUGAAAAGAAAGCAAGCUGCAACGACGAGCCCAAGUGCAUGCAACUGCAUGCUACAGGCAGACGUAUUCAGUUUAGUGGUGCACCCUGGAUAUGACCAAAAAAUGGUGAUGGGAUUCGUAAUUAGUCUUGACAGUCUAAGCAAGAAACCAACUUUCCUAAGACGAUUGUAAAAUAAGGUGAGCAGGUGAAAUUAGAGUGGUAAACGCGCUCGAGCAGGGCAAGCAAAGGAUUCACCUGAAGCAAAAAGCCCAGCCCCGUAGUGUACUUGUGCCAUUCAGAUUCAGAAUCGCUUUGUUUAACCUUAGCCAGUCUGUAAAGUAUGUUUGUACCAUGAGGUACCCAGUUCGACUCCCGCCAAGCUCGUUGCACAUUUCCAGAGUUACAGAUGUGUCAGUUUUCCCCCUGCCAUGACCAUCCUCUUGAGAAAGCAUCUGCAACCUGCUUCUUCUUGUAUAUAACUAUGUAAAGUACGGACAAACUGGAUUCUGUUAUAGUGUGUAUUUUACUGUAAUAGCUUUUGCUCCUUUAGAAAUCCCAGACUUUGAUUUAGCUUAAUAAAUAAAGUUUUUGGUGGUUAGUAUUAGUUUUAUAUAUGGUGAAAUGGAUAUUCUUCUGUUUUUGGUUUUUA